AUGACUCCCCCGUCUGCACCUCUGGCAAUCCCUCGUGUACAUGCUUCAGCAGGAGCGGACAAGAUACUCGAAGCUGUGAGAAACCAUGGGGGAGUGAUCAUCAAGCAAUUCCUCACCCAAGAACAAGUCGCCGAGUUGGACCAAGACAUUGUGAACGGCAUCAAGAGCGUCCGGGCUGGCUCUACUUUCGAUACAGAUGCCCAUAAAGACUUCCACGGCCGACAGACGAAGCGACUGACCAACCUUGCGACUCUGAGUCCUCUCUUUCGUGAGCAAAUCCUCGACAAGGACUUGAUAUAUGACACCCUCGACAGAGUCUUCGAAAUUGACAACAAGUCUUGCUGGAUGCUUUCCGCGCAAGCUAUUGAGAUUGGUCCUGGAAAUAAGCCUCAGCCUCUGCACAGAGACCUUGGUCAAUACUCGGUGUUCAACUCACUAGGACCCAAAGGCCCUGAAGCAAUCGUCAACUUCUUGAUUGCCACGACUCGUUUCACAGACGAGAAUGGUGGGACUCGAGUCAUCCCAGGUUCCCAUUUAUGGGAAGACUUCAACGUGAAAGCAAAGCAAGAAGACACCAUUCCCGCCGAUAUGGAGCCAGGGGACUGUCUGUUCAUCAGUGGAAAGACCGUCCACGGCGGCGGUGCCAACAACACAACCAACGAGCUACGCCGCGCGGUGGCAUUCAGCUUCGGCUCUGGAUACUUGACACCUGAAGAGGCGUACCCAUUCCAAGUCAGCAAAAGUGUUGCAAAGACCAUGUCGAAGCGGGCCCAAAAAUCGAUUGGUUUCAGGUCUCAGUACCCUCGUCUGGCGGGAGGUCUUUGGAUGCAUGAUUUUGGCGAACUUGCAGACUAUCUGGGCAUGGAUGAGAAGAACGAGAAUGCGUGA